CUCCUCAUUAGUGGUUCCUUCCAGUUCCGUUGGAGUUUGGAAGUCAACGCUGCUAGGGUUCUGCGCUUUACCCCUCUCCAAAUUCAGGUAUGCUUUCUCUUGAGUUGUGAUGGGGAAGAAGAGUAGGAAAGAGCCCACACCCCCAACUCCCCCGAAGAAGAAGCUUCCGGAGUUCAAGGUGGAUGAUGAAGUCACUGCGAGCACUGUGGAUUCUGAGAACUCCUUUGAUGAUAAUGAAUCUGUUAAUGAUAUCAUUGAUUGUGAAAAUGCUAUUGCGAAGGAUGGGGAAGAUGAUACAUCAUCUGAUAACAAAUCGGUUACUCGUUCUAUUGAUGAAGAAGCUGUGGAGAAGGAUUUGAAGGACAAACUACUUGAACAUAACCAGGAAACCCCCAAGGUGUUUGAGAAAAUGCCUGAGCCACCUCGUAAAAAAACUUUUGCUAACUUGCUCAAAAAUAACAGGGGAGAGAAGCAAGGAAUGCAGCUCUUCAAAGUUGAUUUACCUGAUACUGAAGAGGUUUUCAUUCCAAAGGAAGCUAUCCUACCUGUUGAAGAUAUUUGGGGGUGUUGCCUUGUGGGGUGCUUUGCAGGAAAAUUCCCUGGGCUCAAGGCUAUUCAAAAGAUGGUGAACACCUGGGGUGUUCCUUGUGAAAUCCUCCCACAUAAGAGGGGAUGGAUAGUCUUUAAUUUUUGGACGGAUGAACACAGACAGGCAGUCAUGACCAAACCAGUAGAGGAGCUGACAAUUAACAGGAAAAAACUGAUGUUCAAGAUUCCAGAAAAGGACUUCAUGUGGAACUGCAAAUCUUUUGCUACUAUGCCAGUAUGGGUCAAAUUCCUGGAUGUUCCCAUGGGAUUCUGGAACCCUUUAGGCCUCUCCUUCCUUGCUUCCAAACUUGGAACACCUCUAUACUCUGAUGGAGUGACUUACACAUCUGCUUCCAGAUUUUACACUUCCAUGGAACCCAAUGCUGAUGGAGAUUAUAGGAAGGUGAACUACUGCAGAGUAAUGAUCAACAUGGACCUAUCUGUGAAACCUCCCUUGUGUGUUAAAGUUGCAUAUGAUGAGGGGAGCUUUACACAGAAGGUUGAAUAUGAGGAUAUGCUUGAGUACUGCUAUCAUUGUGAAGUCUUUGGUCACAACCCUUUUGAUUGCAAGGCACUGCAUGAAAUCCACAGAAGACAAUUCUUGGAGAAGGAGAGAUUAGAGGAAUUAGCCAGACUUGAGGCUCUAAAAGAGGCCAAGAUAGCUGAAGCUAAAGCCAAGGAUGAGAACAAAGGAAAGAAAGUUGUGGAAGAUGAGAUACUCCAGAAAUCUAAGGAUGUUGAUGAACCAUUACCUUCUUUUGCUGUCAAAGACCCCAAUGAUGGUGACACUCUUGUUGGAACUGGGGUGGGAACCCUUACCAAUAUUCCAGCUAAGGAGUCACCCUUAAAGAGCCUCCAGACAUUGGGGAUAAGAGAGUGGAUAAGCCUACUGUUAAUACUAAAAGCAGUGGCAGGGCUGGAGGGAAUCAGUACCAUGGAAACAACAAGGGGGGUGCCAGCAGAGGUAGAGGGAGGGCCUUUGGGCCUAACCGCAGAUGAAGGGGACAAAUGGGCUAAGUUGGACAGGGUUUUGGUGAAUCAUGAUUGGGAAGCCAUUAACUGGGAGUGCUGGGCAGAAUUUGGUGAUAUGCAAGUGGAAUCUGAUCAUUGUCUUGUGAUUCUGAAUAUCAUUAACAGCACCACCAAGGGAACCAGACCAUUCAAAUUCUUCAAUAUGUGGUUAAACCAUCAGUCCUUUGAUGGUCUGUUACAGAACAACUGGAGCAUUUGGGUGGAGGGUACCAGGCAGUUUAGACUUUGCAAAAAAUUGAAGAUGCUAAAACAACCUCUAAAGCAGCUCAACAAGCAAGAAUUUGGUCACAUAUUACAGAGGGCAAAAGAGUGCACAGACCACCAGAUGAGUCGCCAUCCACCGCUGCGCUCCAUCUUCGUCACUAGUCUUCAUCACCAGCAUUCAUGGCGUGCAAUUGCUGUUCCCUUCGUCGGAGGACGCCGCGCCGGACCUAGGGUUGAAACCCUAGGUCCGCUCUCUCUGUUCCGUUUUGUCUCAUCUCUAUCUCUUCUUUUAAUAUUUGAAAUUGAAAGUCAUUGAAUUGGAGAAGAAGACUUUGGGAAUCCAACUCUUCGCACUUCCCGUUUCUUGCGCCUAGGAGGAACACAGCUGGUCUUUCCUGCUAUGCUUUCUACGGAUUGGAGGACUAUUUACUUUAUUUUUUUAUUGUCCUUCUGAUUUCCUCCACAUUGGUUUAUGAUGGGCCAAAUAGCUGUCUGGGCUGGGCCUAUUCUUCACUUUCUUCCAAUGCUUUUUUACUCCAAAAUAUAUCUAAAACAUACUCCCUCCGUCCGCCUAAGAUGUUCUCAUUUUGACUUUUGGUGGUUUUUAAGGAGAGUUGAAAAAAGGUGAAAGUUUACCAUAAUACCCUUAAUGAAAAAUGGGUGGAGUGUAUUAAAUGAGGUGGGUGGGG